AUGUCGGAAAUUAUUCUCGCUGUCAUUUUCUCCGCCAUUUUCAUGCAGAUGCCGGUUACGGAUGGAAUAUCUUGUUACGUGUGUGAAGAAACGACAUCGCGACAGACUUGUCAGUCUGGUGAGAAACUGAUACACGACCGACUCAAAGGUGGAGUUUUUGUUCGCAACUGUACAGACAGAUUUUGCAAGAUUGAAGCCAUAAUGAAUAUAGGAGGCGCCACUGUAAGUUUUAUACGGGGCUGUACUGAUGGAAACUAUGCCGGAAGAAACGUCUCAUUACUUGCAGAAAGAGUCCGGCCAAACAACUUAACAGAGUGUGCAUUUGAUGAGCUUUCGAAACUAAAAUAUUGUAUCGUGCUUUGUCGUACUAAUUACUGCAAUGGACCUCAAAUACUGGAUACUUCCGGUGGCACUAAUGGACAGGAUCUGUCCUUCUUUUACAGUGUUUCCUUUGCUUGGACGAUGUACAUUAUUCUGCAUUGA